GAAGAGGAGGAAGAGGAGGAGGAGGAGGAGGAAGAGGAAAAACCAGCCUCCAGCCUCGAAGGUGAUCGCCGCCAGGAUCAGGCAGGGCAGGCAUGUGCGGGGGCGGGCCCCUGGCGGCCACAGCGCGCCCUGGCGACAUUGGCGGCGGCAGCAGCCGGCGGCCACCAGGCGCCGCGACCUGGACCAAACGGAUGCACGAGCUCAUCAUGCUUGGCGAAGUGUCUCUGGCCGCUGCGGCCGCGAGCGGCCCAGGGAAACUCGUCGUUGGGGCGGAGGCGCGCGCCCGCCUGGCCAGCCUUUUCCCGGAGGCCGGAGCCCCGCGAAUGCCGCCACCACCGCAGCACCAGCCAGAAACGUGGGAGGCCGACGCUGCGGAGGAGGCCGCCGGACAUCUGAACAAAUUCCCGCAACACUCCAGGCCGGGCCUCACGGGGGCCCGCUUCGAGCACUGGGCAACGCUCCGUGGGAACGCAAACGGAAAGGAGGCGCUGGCGCAGCUGUUAGCCGUCACCAUGCGGGGCGAGGCGCCGCCGGCCGCCUCGAGAGCGCUGCUGGGUGGCCGUCGAAUCCCGCUCCAGAAACCAGGCGGCGGGGUACGACCCCUCGCCUGCGGACAGACGCUCCGCCGCAUAGCAGCAAAGGCAGCAAUGACGAAACACAAGGAGCUCAUCGCCCAGGCGCUGGGACCGCACAAGUACGGGGUCGGUCGGCGCAACGGCGUGGAGGUCAUGCACAAGCUGGCUCCUCCCCCCGA